CCCGCGGCGCCCAGGGUCCCCCAGCUGCCAGCCGCCUGCCCAGGCACCAUGGACUGAGCGCCGGGGGCCGCCGAGACACCCAUCCGCCGGAGCUGCUGCCCCCGGGCACCCCUGCAGGUCUGGAGCUCCCACCCCCUGGAAAGCUGGAUUUCGGAGCCUGGAGGCGUCUGGCGGGCUGGGUGGGCAGCACCAUGGGCAACGCGGCGGGCAGCGGGGAUCACCCUCCGGCCCCUGCCGCCCUGCCCCACAAGCAGCCUGCAACCCCGAAACAGCCGAUGCCCGGGGCCGGAGAGCUGGAGGAGAGGUUUAACCGCGUCCUGAACUGCAUGAACCUGCCCCCGGACAAGAUACAGCUUCUGAGCCAGUAUGACAGUGAAAAAAAGUGGGAGCUGAUCUGUGACCAGGAGCGGUUUCAAGUCAAGAACCCCCCAGCGGCCUAUAUCCAAAAACUUAAGAGCUACCUGGAGACGGGUGGAGUCAGCAGAAAGUUUAAGAGGCGAGUUCAGGAGUCCACACAGGUCCUGCGGGAGCUGGAGAUUUCACUGAGGACCAAUCACAUUGGGUGGGUACAAGAGUUCCUAAAUGAAGAGAACCAGGGCUUGGACGUGCUGCUGGAGUACCUGGCCUUCGCCCAGUGUUCAGUCACGUAUGACAUGGAGAGCACAGAUAAUGGCACCCCCAGCCCAGAGAAGAGCAAGCCUCUGGACCAGUCAGUUGAAGAUCUCGGCAAGGGCUCUCCCCCGUCUUCCUCCUCCUCCUCCUCCCUGUCCCAGGGCAAGGGCCGCCACCUGACUGUCAGGCUAAACCCAGCUCACAGCCGGAAGACCCUGAGGAACUCCCGUAUUGUCAGCCAGAAGGACGAUGUACACGUGUGCAUCAUGUGCCUCCGGGCAAUCAUGAAUUACCAGUCUGGCUUCAGCCUCGUCAUGAACCAUCCGGCCUGCGUCAAUGAGAUUACCCUGAGUCUGAACAACAAGAGUCCCAGAACCAAGGCUCUUGUGCUGGAGCUGCUGGCUGCAGUGUGUCUGGUGCGGGGGGGACACGAAAUCAUUUUGGCUGCCUUUGACAACUUCAAAGAGGUGUGUGGUGAGAAGAACAGGUUUGAGAGACUGAUGGAGUAUUUCCGGAAUGAAGAUAGCAACAUUGACUUCAUGGUGGCUUGUAUGCAGUUUAUCAACAUCGUGGUGCAUUCCGUGGAGAACAUGAAUUUUCGAGUCUUCUUGCAGUAUGAGUUCACCCACCUGGGCCUGGAUGUUUACCUGGAGAGGCUGCGGCUUACAGAGAGUGACAAGCUCCAGGUUCAGAUCCAGGCAUAUCUGGAUAAUGUGUUUGAUGUGGGUGCGCUCCUGGAGGACACAGAGACGAAGAAUGCAGUUUUGGAGCAUAUGGAGGAGCUACAGGAGCAGGUGACCUUGCUGACAGAGCGGCUCCGGGAGGCAGAGAACGAGUCCAUGGCCAAGAUAGCUGAGCUGGAGAAGCAGCUGAGCUAUACCCGAAAGGAUUUGGACAUACUCCGGGAGCGCCACAGUGAGUGUGCCACCAUGGGUACCUCCCAGCUCCCCCCUGACCCAAAGAAGGUGCCUGUACUCACCCAACCCUCUGCCUUGGAGCUUAAGUUGGAGGAGCUGGAGAGGAAAGGGUUAAUCCGAAUCCUGAGAGGACCUGGGGAAGACAUCACCAUUGAGAUCAUCCCGGUUGUUGUGGCAACUCCAUCUGACACGAUGACGCCAAAAACAAUGACGCUUGUGGCACCCGACUCCUCCAGCACAGAUCUCCCACCUCCAGCAACUCCCCCCACUGCAUCUGUGUGUCCUCUGCCGCCACCGCCACCGCCACCACCACCACCACCAGCUGCCCCAAUCUCUGAUCUCGCCUCACCUACCCAUCAAGAAACCCCACCUUCAGUACCCCCUCCACCUCCACCCCUUCCUGGUAACCUGGAACUACCCCCUGCCCCACCAUUGCCUGGAACUGGGGCAUCCCCAGCACCACCACCUCCACCACCCCCACCACCAGGGAUGAAUGGAACAGUGCCUCCUCCUCCUCCUCCUGGAGGACUUCCUGGUGCCUUUGGGGGGCCCACUUCAGAAACUAGUACAGUGAAGACCAAGAAACCAAUUCAGACCAAGUUCCGGAUGCCAGUUUUCAACUGGGUGGCCCUAAAGCCCAACCAGAUCACGGGCACUGUCUUUACUGAGAUCAAUGAUGAGAAAGUACUACAGGAACUGGAUAUGAGUGACUUUGAGGAACAGUUCAAGACCAAGUCUCAGGGUCCUUCCUUGGACUUGAAUGCCCUAAAAGUCAAGACUACCCAAAAGGCCCCAAGCAAGGUGACGCUCAUUGAGGCCAACCGGGCAAAGAAUCUGGCCAUCACCUUACGCAAAGGCAACCUGAGCACCGAUCGUAUCUGCCAGGCCAUCGAGACGUAUGACUUGCAGGCCCUCAGCCUGGACUUCUUGGAGCUCCUGACUCGAUUCCUCCCCACCGAGUAUGAGCUGAGCCUCAUUGGACGCUAUGAGAAGGAGCAGCGGCCAGUGGAGGAGCUGUCCGACGAGGACCGGUUCAUGCUGCGUUUCAGCCGCAUCCCCCGCCUGUCUGAGAGAAUGGCCACUCUGGCUUUCCUGGGCAACUUCCCAGACACCGCUCAGCUGCUCAUGCCGCAACUGAAUGCUAUUAUCGCCGCUUCCAUAUCCCUCAAGUCUUCUGACAAGCUCCGAAAUAUCUUAGAGAUCGUCCUGGCCUUUGGGAAUUACAUGAACAGCAGUAAACGCGGGGCAGCCUAUGGUUUCAGGCUACAAAGCCUUGAUGCUCUGCUGGAGAUGAAGUCGACGGACCGGAAGCAGACACUGCUGCACUACCUGGUGAAGGUGAUUGGAGAGAAGUAUCCAAAACUCACCUGUUUCCACGCUGACCUGCACUUUCUGGACAAGGCUGGGGCUGUGUCCCUAGACAGUGUCCUCCAGGACACCCGAGCUCUCCAGCGGGGCAUGGAGCUGACAAGGCGGGAGUUCAUGCGCCAAGAUGAUAAUGCUGUGUUGAAGGAGUUCCUGAAGGUCAACAGUCCCAGUAUGGAGAAGCUGUUGGCCGAUGGCAAGACAGCCCAGGAGGCGUAUGAGUCUGUGGUGGAGUACUUUGGGGAGAAUCCCAAGACCACCCCUCCAUCUGUGUUCUUCCCUGUCUUCAGUCGCUUUGUCAAAGCCUAUAAGAAAGCAGAGCAAGAGGUGGAACAGUGGAAGAAACAGGAGGCUGCAGCCCAGGAGGCCGGGGCUCCCGGGGCUCCCAUCGCAGGUGAAGGGGAGCCUGCAGCGCCCAAGUCCCCUACCAAGGCCCGGCGCCAGCAAAUGGACCUCAUUUCGGAGCUGAAGAGGAAGCAGCAGAAAGAGCCCCUCAUUUAUGAGAGUGACCGUGAUGGGGCCAUAGAGGACAUUAUCACCGAUCUUCGGAGUCAGCCAUACCGAAGGUCAGAUAUAGGCCGUCGGAGUGCCCGCCGAAAGUCCCCUGGCACCUCCCUGCAGAUGACCCCAGACCUCGCACUGUAGCCCCUGGGCUGCUCGGACCCCCCCUUCCUCUUCUCCAGUGUCAAUGGACUCUUGGAAAUGGGGCCACCCUAGGUCAGAGUCACCUGUGCGAGCAGGGACGUGCCAGCUCGUUCAUGGGGCCAACAGAGAGCCUCUUUUCCAUUGCUUAGGAGAGCAAAUGACAAUCAUGAGGAAAGGGCAGGAAAUCAUGCUCAUUUUCCUGCUUGCCAGGAUCCCCCCAGGUUGCCUCCUGGGGACAACCUUCUAUAGAUGCACUUCUUCUUCUUACCACAGAGGGGCAGUAGUCCAGAUCUUAGCAUCUCAAUGAGGAAAUGUCCCACCACCUUCCCCCCAAAUGUCAGGUGCUGCCCCCCUUUUACCUUUCAUCUUGUAAGCCAUGCUCCGCUCCCAGAAGUGUGAGGCUGGCAUCUAUAACUUAUGAAAUACCUCCCCACUUUUUGACCUUGGCCUGGGGUAGGGAGGGUGG